GGGGGCGUGGAAGGUUUCUCAGGAUUCUGGGGAGCGAAGGGUUCCGCUUCGAAGCAGGUCUGAGGUGGUGGCGGUACUCGUGUCUCAUCCGCGUGUUCCUGCAGUUCUUCGGAGCCGGCGCACCUGGAACUUGAUGGUUGUGUUGGGGUCUGAGGAGGAUAGAGGGUCCGCUGUCAUCUAGUGACAAGCUCCUGAUGAGGAGAGCCUGGGCCGGUGAAAAAAAGGGCUGUUUCUCCUAGUUAGGUGUACUGGGUGGCUUCCUGACAGGUAGUUCGUGAGUUUGAAACUAUUUAGUUAGUUGUUUUUACGGUGCUGGGGAUGGACGUGAGGGCGUCGUGCAUGCUAGAUGAUAUAAGUAAUUGAAUAACUACUGAUUAUUUUCUGGACCUGACUGGUUUAUAACUUCAGAAGAAACAAUGGAAUGCCAAGAAUUCAUUGUACUAUAUACUCAUCAAAAGAUGAAGAAGUCAAAAGUGUGGCAUGAUGGAGUUCUGAAGGUCACUCACUUAGGAAACAAAGCAACUUUAUAUGAUGACAAAGGAGCAUGUUUGGAAAGUCUAUUUCUUAAGUGCCUUGAGGUAAAACCUGGAGAUGACUUGGAAAGUGACCGAUACUUAAUCACUAUUGAGGAAGUUAAAGUUGCUGGAAGCAGAACUGUGAAACAGCAUGUCAUUCAGGAAGCACUAGAACCACAUUCAAGGCACUUUAUAUCUCCUGGCUGGUCUCGUGGAUGCCAGCUUGCUGGUUUAAAAAGGAGGGCUGCUGGUCUUCAGGAACCAUAUAAAAUACCAAAGAAAAUGGCCAUUACGGAAAAUGGUGAAUCAGAUGCAUCACUUCAUCAUGAGAAACCUGUCCUGGCUUUACCUGCUACAGUCUAUAGUUCACCUCCUUUGUUUUCUACUGUUGGCAAGAAAGAUACAAAUUAUAUGCCAGGAGACUCUGAGAAUAUUGUCACUUGCAAGAAUAGAGAGAGAAAUGGCAUGCCUUCUCCUUCCGUUGUUUCUACUUUAUCCUUCAAGAUUAACUCAGAAAUGCUAAGUGAAGAAAAUUACUUUUGCUCUUCUGAUAGUUCUGGAACUCAGCAUUCAGACUCUUUACUCACCACUGGACCCAUGAAAAGAAAGGAUUUGGCAUCUCACUAUCCAGGAGUUUCACAAAACAUCAGAAGCAAAGCACAGAUAUUAGCUCUUCUGAAGUCCACAUCAGCUAACAUGCAUAAAGAUCUAAAUUCUGAGGUUACAGAAAAUUUUUCCCAGAUACCACCACAAAGGUGUUUAAAACUUCCUACUAAACCUCCGUGCUUCACUCAACAGGAAGAGUGUGCUGACACAAAGAACACGGAACGUUUACACUGUGAGCCUCAAUCAGAAAAUAGUAUAAAAAAGGAAAGCCGGUGGGCCAAGUUUUUACCUUCUCAGAGUUCACCAGAACAUUCUACUAUAAAUGGGAAUGAUAGAGAAAGCAAACCCGAUGCUCAAGAUGGUACAGAUUUGAAUUUGACAAAUCUUCUGGUAGACAAGAAGAUGCCAAUCUUUGACAAAUGUGCUGAAAGGGAAAAAAAGUAUGGUGAAGAUGAUAAUGGCCAAUUCUGGAAUCAAGAAGAAAGAUUAGCAAUUCCUUCAUUCUGUGAAAAUAGCAGCUCACUGGUUAGAUGUAGCAGAACAGAAAAUGUUGACAUAGUAUCAGAAUUUGACAAUCAAAAAGAUAAACUAUCUGUUAAUCAAAAUGGCACCAUGUUCAUAGAAGGACCAGUCUGUGUUGGAGAAAAUGUCCAGGUGGUAAAUACAUGUAGCACACUGGAACAGGAGUUUGAAACAGUGUCGCCUUUGCUAGAAGAAACUUCUCUAACUAACACUUCUAGGCUCCCUGCUGGCAUUGCAGACUUAUUUCCUAAAAGUAAUACCAGUAGUAGAAGUCUGAAAAAUGAACCUUUAGAACCAUUUUUGGAGGUAACCUUUAAUCUGAGUGGUUUUGAGGCCAGUGAUACUGAUGAGGAGUCACAGGAAGGCAACAGAAUUUCCCAGGAUUUAGGGAGUUUGGAAAAGGAAAUUUUGAUUAAGGAUGAUAAAUCGUGUGUUUUAAAGAGCUGUGAAAAUAUAAGCCAUCAGGAAACUGGAAAUAAACAUUUGUCACUCUUAACAUCUAUUGAAGUCAAGCCUAGAGAGACUCUGCUAUCAGAGUUUUGUGACAGAACCUGUGUGGGUUUUGAUGCGGAACCUUGUAAAGACAGAAACAUUGAAAAAGCAAUACAGGAGCAGCGUGUUGAUGCAGUAAGCAGUUUUGACUCAUCAUUAGAGUGGAAUGAUGAUGUACAUGUAGAUAACAUAGGAAACACUAAUGAAUCCAUCCAAAAAGAUAAAAUUAACUAUGAUUUCACUUCACCCUCAAAUGAAUCUAAAAAUAUAAGCAUAAAUCUACAUAUUCCUCACUUUUUAAACACAAUCACUAAACAGACUGCUAAAUAUAAUGACUUGUUGUCAGAGGAUCCUCAUCCACAGCCUUUUAUUUUGGGAAGUCACUUAGACAAAAAUUACAGACAGGUUUUACCACCUAUCUCUAGCAAUGACAUUGGUAUCCAGCUAUUAAAUACCACCCAGGAUCAUUCUGAGUGUGUUGAACCAGAUAAAACAAAUAUCCAUGCUUCUAGUUCUCUGUUUUACCCUCUGGGAAACAAGCAUCCUAUUUCCAAAGACACUGAAGCAUAUAUUCCUGAAACUGAAGACUUAGGACAGGUUAGAAGCUUACCACAUGCUCUUAUUGAACUUGAAACUACAAAGAAAAACAAACAAUCCUGGAAUAAUCCCAGAAAUUCCUUAGAACUUUCUGAAGUAUUAAAUGACAUUUCCUUUCUAAAGUCACUCUCUGAACAUAAUACUGCUUUAGAAAGCUUGGAAGUAGUGAAGAAGAAAGAUGCUGCCUUUCAACAAGUUGCUCAGGAGACGUAUGAGCCAGAUAGCAGCCCUGAAGCUAGGAAACCAUUCACUACAGUAGUUUCACCAGCAGUACCAAAGUCUCCUCAUCUGAAUCAGGAUUCUCAACAGCUCUUUUCCUUGGGAAGUGAAGAGACUGCCUUUCUUGCUGCUAUUCCUAAACAAUUAUCCUAUGGCCCUAAGCCUGUUGAGUUUCAAGGACAUCAGGUGAAAGGAUCAGCUACAAGUGGUGUCAUGGUCAGAGGAUGCAGCUCACAGCUAGAUUGCAAUCUGUGUCCAAAGAGCAUUGAGUAUGAAAACUUCAUGGCAAAACCAGAGUUGCCUAACACUUCUAUGCAUACUGGCUGCCUGCAGAUCUCUACCUCGAGUCCCGUUUCUGCAUUUUCUUUGGAUACAAAAGAUGAAGACUCUGUGCUGGAGUUCUCUGAGGAGUCUCUGCAUGCAAGAACUUUCCCUGGAUUGAAAAAAUUUAGUUCUUUGGAGAAUAAGAACCUUCAAAAGCUCCCUUUCGUAAGUAGAUCCUUGGUUCCGUUUUUAACUUUGCCACCUGAUGAUGGGACAGCUGACUUUGAUUCUUGUCCAUUUAUGAGCGACUGUGAUACCCACGUGUCUUCUGGUUGUUCUGUGUUCACCUUGGGUGAAGAGUCAGUAGUUGGGCCUGAGGACCAAAGUGAAACUCCUUCCUUUGAAGAAUGCAGAGAAGUGACCCCAGGAGAUAUUCCACUGCUUGCUGGUGAAUCUUCUCAAAGCAAGUGGCUGAAGUAUCAAAAUGCUCCCCUGGGCAGCUUGACUCUUCUAAAUAGUGUUGAGAAGAAAGUGACCGAUGGCCUCUUUGCUCAAGCUGUUUCUGGGAUAUGUUUUAGUGACACAAGUGAAAAGCAGAGUAAUGCUAUGAAUGAAAAUUCUUUAGAUUCUGUGCAUUUGCAAAUGAUAAAAGGCAUGCUCUACGAACAACAGCACAAUUUCAGCAGUCAAAAUUUGGCUUCCAGAAAGAAAGAAACUUUUUUGAAUUUAAAACAGACUUCCAAGAUGAAGAAAAUUGAAAAUGUAUACAACUAUAGUGUAAAGGAUUUACAGGAGAUAAAUGGUUCUGAGCUAUGCUUCCCAAAACGGGAGAAAGUAAAAUCUUCUUAUCUUCCUCAAAGGCAUAUUCAUAUACCAGCUGUUUUUCAGUCUCCUACUCAUUAUAAGCAGAUCUUUACAUCUUCUAUCAUAGAGCAUCUGAAUAUAUUGCUGUUUGAGUUGGCACAAAGGUUGUACAAAGCUCUUUCAAAAGUUGACAUAUCCUUUUAUAUGUCAUCAAAAGAAGACAGAGUAAAAAAUGGUGAAAACAGCUUGCCAUGCUGCCAUCAUAAUCACCCUGCAAAACUCGUCAUGGUUAAAAAAGAAGGUCCAAAUAAGGGUCGUCUGUUUUAUACAUGUGAAAGGCCCAAAGCUGAUCAAUGUAAGUUUUUCAAAUGGUUUGAAGAAGUGACUCCAGGAGGGCUAACACAGGAAGAGUCUCGUCCCAGCAUGGUUUUAAGUGAUAUUAAGAGUAUUGGUCUGUACUUAAGAAGUCAAAAGAUACCAGUCUAUGAGGAAUGCCAGCUUUUGGUGAGGACAGGAUUUGAUUUUCAGAGAAAGCAGUGUGGUAAAUUAAAGAAGUUUGCUACUAUAGACGCUGAAUUUUACAGUGAAACUAAAAACAAAAUUUAUCUCAAGCUGAGUCGGAAGGAGAGUUCUUCAGCUUAUAAUAAAGGUGAUCUUUGGGUGAUUUCAAAAACCCUAGACUUUGAACUAGAUACUUUCAUUGCAUGUAGUGCCUUCUUUGGACCAUCAUCUAUCAAUGAGGUGGAGCUACUGCCUUUGAAAGGAUAUUUCCCUUCUAAUUGGCCCACUAACACAGUGGUUCAUGCAUUAUUGGUUUGCAAUGCCAGCACAGAGUUGACUACUUUGAAAAACAUUCAGGACUACUUUAACCCAGCUACUUUACCACUUAUGCCAUACCUGUUAACAAUGUCUUCAUCAACUCCAGUUAGCAAUAAGAGCAUCAACACGAGAAAAUUUAACCCACCAGCUUUUGUAAAUAUCAAGACAAAAUUUGAACUCCUCAGCCUAGAAGUGACAUUGCAAUUAAGUAAUAAGUUAAUUCAGACACAUAAGUUAAACAAAGAUCAAGCUACAGCUCUAACUCACAUAGCUCAAAUGAUGGCCUCCCAUGAAAGUGUUGAAGGAGCAACUGAGCAGAGCACCCACUCUCUUCCUAUCACAGUCAUCCAUGGUGUAUUUGGAGCAGGCAAAAGCUACUUGCUGGCUGUGGUAAUUUUGUUCCUUGUACAGCUCUUUGAAAAGAGUGAAGCUCUUACAGGUGGAAAUGCAAGGCCAUGGAAACUUUUGAUUUCUUCUUCCACUAAUGUAGCUGUUGACCGAGUACUGCUUGGGCUUCUCAGUCUUGGAUUUGAAAAGUUUGUCAGGGUUGGGAGUGUUAGGAAGAUUGCCAAGCCAAUUUUACCCUACAGCUUGCAUGCUGGCUCAGAAAAUGAAAAUGAACAAUUAAAAGAACUCCAGGCAUUAAUGAAAGAAGACCUUACUCCUGUGGAAAAGGUCUAUGUGAGAAAAAGUAUCGAGCAACAUAAACUGGGGACCAAUAGAACCCUGCUGAAGCAGGUUCGUGUUGUUGGCAUUACCUGUGCAGCCUGUCCUUUCCCAUGCAUGAAUGAUCUUAAAUUUCCUGUUGUCGUGCUGGAUGAGUGUAGUCAAAUGACAGAACCGGCCUCUCUCCUUCCCAUCGCAAGGUUUGAGUGUGAAAAGCUGAUUCUUGUUGGAGACCCCAAACAGCUAUCUCCUACAAUUCAGGGUUCUGAUGCAGCUCAUGAAAAUGGGUUGGAACAAACUCUUUUUGAUCGGCUUUGCUUAAUGGGUCACAAACCAAUUCUAUUAAGAACCCAGUAUCGUUGUCACCCUGCAAUCAGUGCUAUUGCUAAUGACAUGUUUUACGAAGGCAACCUCAUGAAUGGCAUUUCAGAAACAGAGAGGAGUCCUUUAUUGGAAUGGCUACCCACCUUGUGUUUCUACAACGUUAAAGGAGUGGAACAGAUUGAAAGAGAUAACAGCUUUCAUAAUGUGGCAGAAGCAGCUUUUACACUCAAGCUAAUUCAAUCACUGAUUGCAAGUGGAAUAGCGGGCUCGAUGAUUGGCGUGAUAACAUUAUACAAAUCCCAAAUGUACAAGCUGUGGCAUGCCCUUGGUGCUGAGGCCGUCAACUAUCCUGACAUUAAGGCUGUGCAGGUGUCCACAGUAGAUGCUUUUCAGGGAGCUGAAAAGGAAAUCAUUAUUCUGUCCUGUGUAAGGACAAGACAAGUAGGAUUCAUUGAUUCAGAAAAACGAAUGAAUGUCGCAUUGACCAGAGGAAGAAGGCAUUUGCUCAUUGUGGGAAAUUUAGUUUGCUUGAGGAAAAAUCGACUAUGGGGGCGUGUGAUCCAACACUGUGAAGGAAGGGAAGAUGGAUUGCAACAUGCAAGUCAGUAUGAAUCCCAGCUGAACCAUUUUCUUAAAGAUUAUUUUGAAAAACAAGCAGAAGAAAAACAGAAAAAAAGGAGUGAAAAUGAAAAAUCUAAGGAUAAAUCUCAUUAACAAAAAGGCAUGGUCCUGGAAUUUUGUAUUGCUGUAAAUUCAGAUUCACUUUACAUUAUGUGUUUUUACUGUUUUCCUCACUCCAAAGCCCUUUUUGUAGAAGAACUAUAUUAUUUAAAUAACAUACUGAAUAAGUACCUCUAAAAAAAUUUGCUCUUUCAAAAAACCAGAUGGAUGAGCAUGAACAAGGGAAGGAUAGAAGUCUGCUUUUGGCUGACUCCUUUCUAGUUUUUAGCAUGCAUGUGUAUUUAUUUACAUAGCAUUUAAUGGUGUAUAUAGCAUGUGUGGAAGAAAGCUCAUGUUGUUAAUAAAGGGCCAUAUGCCCAUCAUAGAUGAAAGACUAGCAAUGUCUUGAUUAUAAUUAAUAUCAAUGAAGAAUCGAUUUUUAACAAGUAAAAAAAAUCUCAGUGACCCACUCAGUAUUUAUUACAUGAAAGUAGAAAAUUAAAUUUUCUCACAAUAAAAAAAUGAUCAGUCUAUUCCUGUGGAACUCUUUUAUGUGAAGGAAAAAGUAAAUUCAGCAUAUAAAAAGUAUGGUUUAGAAACUGUCGAGAAUAGCAAUAAUUUCUAAGUGUUCAUCAAAACCAUGAGGUCAAAAAUGUGACUCUCAGCAUUUCUUUACACUGGAUAGGAAUAGUUAAUGAAGUAUUACAGAGCCUCUGGGCUGUACUGGCUAACAACUAACAUUUAAACUAGAUUCCUGAGCUUUGCUGUCAAAUACUGCCUGUUCUUUAUUAAUUUUGAGUAAGUAUUUUCUUGGCUAGCUGAAGUUAGGUUUCAAGUAAUUUGUUUUUCCAAGAAGAAUUAGUAAUGUCCCUUUUAAAAACUUUUUAUUGAAAACUUUCAUAAGUAUAGACCAUGAUCAUAAUACCCUCCCACAACCCCUACUUUUCCUGCCCAAAUCUCCCUUUCACUGUA